UCUCUCGGUGUGUGUGUGUGUCUCUCUCAUCAUUUCCACACAGCGUUUCACUUUGCGCAUGUACGGCUCGCACUCCUCAUUACAUCCACACCAAGAUGGCGUUAACGCGGCUGGCUAGUCUUCUGGUUCUCCUCACCCUACAUUGCUAUGCCAGCAUCCUUGCAGUGGUACUGAAAAGUGCGAAUACUUCACCACGGGCCAAUGAGUUUGAAUCAAUUGAACUGUCCUGUCUGAUAGAGUCGAUCGCCACGACUGGUCCCAGGAUUGAAUGGAAGAAGAUUAGGAAUGGGAAAACCAGUUAUGUCUAUUUUAAAAACAAAGUAUCAGGCGACUUGGAGAACAGAGCACAGAUUCGCGAGCCGGCAACUUUAGUCAUUCUGAACGCGACAAGGCAAGACACUGCGUCGUACCGCUGUGAAGUCACAGCCCAUGAUGACCUCAAAAACUUCGAUGAGAUUGUGAUCGAACUCGCCAUCCGAGUAAAGCCAGUGGCUCCUCGUUGCUCCGUGCCUGCGUCUGUGCCAGUUGGGAAGUCAGCCGAGCUGACGUGUGUGGAGGACGAGGGCUUCCCCAAGUCCCAAUACCAGUGGUUUCGCAACAAAGAGGAGAUUCCCAUGGACCCCAAGAGCAGCCCUAAGUUCUUCAACUCAUCCUAUGUGCUGAACAGCGAAACCGGCGUGCUGAAAUUCAGUUCCGUGAAAAAAGAGGAUGCCGGGCAGUACUAUUGCAGAGCCCGGAAUGAGGCAGGAGUCGCAGAGUGCAACCCGCAGACGAUGGAAGUCUAUGACCUGAACAUUGUUGGCAUCGUUCUGGGUGUACUGGUGGUUGUGCUGGUGCUGUUGUGCAUAGUAGUGGGCAUCUGCUGCGCAUACAGGAGGGGUCUCUUUGCCACUGAGAAGCAAACGGGAAGCAAUUACAAAGCACCAGGAAAGCCCGAUGGAGUCGAUUACAUCCGAACAGAUGAUGAGGGCGAUUUCAAACACAAAUCAUCUUUUGUCAUCUAAAGCCGAGGGCGAGACGAGGAGACACCCCGAAACACAUUGGAUUCAUUAGCGCAGAACCUUGCAGAUAAUGAGGGACAACCACACACAAACACACAGAGGAAAAAGACUCUUGGCCGUGCCAGGACGUGGUUCGCGGAUCACGUAGAUCUCAGCACAUUUCACUGCAACACAAUUCGUAUUUGCCAAAGCGGGCAAAAGUCUCGUUUCCGCCUAGAAGCAUUAAUCUCCAUAAGACCACUGAUUUUUUUUCCCACUUUAAACCAACUGACCCAUUUCUCCACUCUGCUUUCUUUUUAGUCACAGCUUCAUAACCGUUUUGCUUUAAAUCGCUUGUAUAACUUUUGUUUUGUACCGGCUAAUUGUGUCAGAAUAUUAUUUUUUUUUGAUAGAAUAUAUUUUGAAAUGCUUUAGAGGUUUACUUAAAAAAAAAAAAGUGUAAAUUACUAACAUGGAAGCCAGUAUAUUUUUUAUAGACCAAUUUGAUUUGAACGUAGAUAAUCACUUUUGAACAGUUUGCAGUUUUCCGUCAAUAAAUCAUCUCUAAAUUUCUAAUUACGAUCUCAUUUUGAGUUUGAAAUCAGAACCAGAUUUAGAGGGGGGGGCGGGGUGCUGGGAUGAGCACAUUUUUUUGUAAGAUCCCAUUACAAAAUUCAUUAAUUAGAUUCAUUACAGAUUACAUUAUUAAAUACAUAAUGCAUUAAUUAAAGCACAUGCCAAAUGAAAAUGCCCCAGGGAAAAAAACUCAACCUGCUGCCUUGAUUCAUACAGCUGGGAUGAAGUUCUGAAAUAUCGAACAGCCUUAGAUUACGAUACCCUUGUGUUGCUAUAUAUAUAUAUAUAUAUACUGUAUAUAUAGUCAAAAAUAAAUAAAUAAUUUGAUUAGGGACUGAGAAAGGAGCAAGCCUGAUCGUAGAAGACUGUCAACAUUUUUUGAGCACACCCUAAUCCAGAGUUAAUCCGGCACAUUUGUGAAAUUUUGUGUCAUAUAGGAUGAUAACAUUGUCAAAGGUCUUACCUACUUAAUUUACUGUUACAGGCUUAAUAGUUGUUUUUAUAGGGUUCCAUGUUGGUUUUUGUAGAUAGUCUUAGAGAGCAACCUUUUCUUUUUUUUUUUUUUUGUAAGCCAGGAAAAACACUGUAAACAGCCCGAGCUGCGUAUCCUUGAGUUUAAGUGUCCUUGCUGAUCAUGUAUAUAGUGUCCAGGUAGUAUUCUUAUUUUCAUUUUUGGUCUUUUACAUUUUGAGAAGUAGUUUCAAUAUUUUUUUAAUAAAACAGGGUUUUUGUGUUUGGCUAACAAUGGUUUUAUGCUGACUCAUUUUGUACCUAAAAAAAACUACAAUUCUAGAUUAAACGAGGCAAAUAUGACACUCUUUUCACAAUUUCAGGUGAAGUAAUCAUGUGAGAGAGAGGAUCUGCCUUUACGGGCCGCAUUCGAUUCCAGUAUGAGAAUGACCUACAAUUCACACAAAAAAUGUCAGGUUUAUAUCCUAAGUACAAUCGCAGCGAAUACAGCCAGAUGUGGUUCACAAGUACCGGAAACCAUUUUGUAUUUUAGUUUCUUUUCGUUUUUCUUGCCGUAUUUGAGUUGAUUACUUGCUCUGAGAAACGUUCUAAUCAUUCCUCUUGAGUGCCUUGCAGUGUGGACGUAGAAUAAAAAUAAUGUUUAUUGUGUUCUAAAUAAAUAGUGACUUGUUAUAUACUGUGACAUCUACUUGGACACAUCACUGUUCAAACUGACUGAUUUUCUAAUCAAUUUUAUAACAUUUGUAUAAAUCACUACAGGUGUUUGAGAGGAAUGAUAGGUUGUUCUGAUAUACAGCACAUAUCCAAUUUUUUAUUUGUAAAUAGAAUUGAAUUUUGUUGUGUGCUGAUUUAAUGACAACCUUUUUUUUUUUGUCAGUGAAGUUGAAAAAGCUUGGAUAUUGUAUUAGAGCCGAAAUAUAGAGUGAAUUGGUGUUCCAAGAAGACACUAUUAUUUCCACAAGCAUUUGGUAAAGGCAGUUUAAAAAACGUGUAUUACAUUCGAAAGGUGUUUAACGCAGUGUUGAGCUGAUAACAGGAAGUGCGCGAGGUGAGAUUAUGUUUAUAUGGUGUACAAAGCUUAACCACGUACUAACCGAAUAAGGACAUUUCCUUCACUCUUUGUAAUUUUCUGCUCCAAGUUUACAACAGAGGAGAUUGAAUUGUCUGUUGAAGUUGGAUUUACAUAUUGUGCCCUUUUCAGUGCUGAAACACAAUGUUCAUCUCGCAUUGAUUUUAGGUUGAUACGACUCCUGUGUGAAUUUUUGAAUUGUAGCUUACGUUUGUAAUGAAUAAAACUGACUUCUUUCAA